GGUUAGCGUUGUGUCUGCCGCUUCAAUCCAUUUCCGUGCCCAAAAAUCGGCAUUUGUUGAUUUCAAAACCUGCAUCUAUUAUUAGUGUGUGUUUCGGAGGAUAUUUUGAAGUGCUUCUGGUCAACACCGAACUGUGGGAUUAAAUCACAAUGAGUAAAAAGUGUGCUAAAUGUUUAAAAACUGUCUAUCCUACAGAGGAGUUAAAAUGUCUAGACAAGAUAUGGCACAAGUUGUGUUUCAAAUGCGAAGUCUGUGGUAUGACAUUAAAUAUGAAAAAUUACAAAGGUUUCGAAAAAUUACCGUACUGCAGUGCUCACUACCCCACGACAAAACCUACAGCGGUGGCGGACACACCGGAGGCAAGGAGGAUAGCAGAGAACACCAAAAUACAGAGCAAUGUUCAAUAUCAUGCAGACUUUGAGAAACAGAAAGGAUUUAAAACCUCGGUUGCCGAUGAUCCUGAGACAUCAAGGAUUAAACAAAACACCCAGAUCCAGUCUAAUGUCAACUACUGGGGCCUGAAGGAACAACGAGAACAGAUGGAAGGCAGGAGACCCCAGGAAGCCCUGGACGAUGUGACGAGACGGUCCCGUAACCCUGGCAAAAUUAGUGAUUACGACCCAACAGAAGGGCAAGAAAUUGAUUCCCCUUAUUCCAAGCGGAGCUCAGCUAACGUUGUGUAUGACUCAAAGAGAGGUGGUGAAGGAGAACCCAGGAUUUCAGUCCAAAAAGGUAGUGGCCGUCCUAGCCCUGGCGGGCAUCAACCUUUUAGCUAUGGAGGUAAUGCUGGGGCACCACCUCCAAUGGGCGGCCACAGCCAGAACCGAUCCAGCUAUGAAGAUGACGGCUAUGCACAAAGGGCACAGCAGCAGAGUCAGCAGCCUUAUAGUUAUGCUCAGGUGCAUGGCCAGAGAGUACAACCUGGUUCCAUUGCUGAUUAUGAUCCAUUAAAUCAGCACCACAGUUCGGUAGUAAGAAACAGCUAUGGCCAGUCCCAGCCACAGGCUUACCAGCCAGCCCCUCCCCAAGCCCAGCCUCCUAGAGCUGCCCAGGCAGCACCAAAGCAGGUGAUCUACCGGGCUCUGUACGACUAUUCAGCCGCAGACAAUGAUGAGGUCAGCUUCAUGGAUGGAGAUCACAUCGUCAAUGUGGAAGUUGUAGACGCUGGCUGGAUGAUUGGCACAGUCCAGCGAACAGGACAACAUGGCAUGCUUCCCUCCAAUUAUGUUGAAAGAAUCAACUAGUGUUUGCACUCUUGGGUUUAGAUUUAGCAACAAAUUUUAACUGAAUUACUUUUUUUGUGUGUGUUUGGAUGGAAAUAAAUAUGGAUAUGUUUAUCUAUAUUUAACAAAGUAUUUAUUUGUAUUGUGUCCAAAAAAAAAUCAGUGCUUUGACGUGAUUUCUUCAGACCUAAAAUACAUUUUCUAAGUUCAAAUUAUUACUGCACUUUUAUUAGUAGUUGUCAGUUGAAAUAUGUAACUUAGAAGCUACUGGCUUAAUUCUAGAAUUAUUCUAGCUAGGAACACACUAUCAGUUAGACAUUUAUAAUCAUUUGAUAGGACUAUGCUCUUAGGCAGAUAUUUUUCAAACAAGUGUUUUGAAAUAUCAUAAGUUUGUUUUUAUUGUAUUAUGGUAAGCAAUGAAAAAAAAACAACCUCAAUUCUAUGGUUACAUUUAUGUAGCUUUUUUAAUUGCAGUGGCAUUCAUUUUUAAAAAAUAAAAGCAUAUUGUAUAAUAGUCUUUUUGUUGUCAACACAAGAAGGCCUAAACCAAAUAUAUUGAUGCUAUAACUCACAGCAUAUUCAACAUUAACUGAAUUUAUACAGAAAAAUUGGGCAUCUAGGGUCCUAGGUUUCUUAUUUAUAGGAUCUUUUUUCCUCUGAGACUUAAUAGUAUUGAAAGCAUAAUAAUAAUUAACAAAAAAAAAAACAACAGAAAAUAGGAUUUGUUCAUGGGAAAAAUUAUUUCUAAAAGAUGAAUAGGAAGUGAACAUCAAUACAGCUUUAAGAAAAAUGAAUCAUUUCUAAACAAAAUGAAUGAGAUGCAGACAUAAAUCUACAUGUCUAUAGAUCUAUGUGUAGUCCAAAACAUUACCAGCCAAGAGAUGAACACAUUCAGUUUAGCUUACACUUGUCUCUGUCUUUCACUUGCAAAUGGAUUCCACAGUGAUCAGUUUUCCCAACAAUGAUUAGAAUGUAGAUUGAUGCAAUAUAGAUGUUACACUUAAGCUCAGCUCUAUUUUAAAUAUCAGAUUUUUUCUUUCUUAGAAUUGUAUAAUCACAUUGUUUCAAGUCUGUGCUGUGUGUUAUCAAAGCAUUUUUCUCAGUUAUUUUUUUUUUUAGGAUUAUGAGAGAGCUUUUGAUGUUGUUACUGUAAAUGUUUCUCAUCCAAUCAGUCAUACUAUUUAACAACUAUCAUUUCCCAAGCAUCUAGCUUGUCUCCAUUCAUCAGUGAUUAUGGCAGUACCGUCUUGAAGUAGGCUCAUAUACUUGUUAUGGCUAGCCUUAGGAAAUCAGUCCAAAUAUUUAGUGCAGUAGUGUUGCUUAUAGAUGUUUAAUCCAACAAGUUGCUCAUUUAUCUGUAGUUAAAACUAUUGACCAGUUUGUUUAGCAUAACAAGUAUUCAUGUAGUUCUCAGUUGUUUUUAUUUUCCAAAACCUAGAAAACAAAAUUUUUUUGUAAAAAGGAAAAACUCCUUAUAUUUUGCUUUUGUUUUACCAAAGUUUUCACUACAUUUGUUUUAGGACAUUCAUGUACAAGGCAAUGUUUAUAACAUGUAUAGUUUUAUAUCUUACAAAUAACCUUUUUGUAUAAAGUAAUUUUUUAAAAUAAUUUUAUUCUUUAUCUAUAAGCUGGAUAUUUUGGAUACUGUAUCUUGCCAUGAUUAACUGUAUCAAUCAUGAAAUGCUACUUUUUUUUUUUUUUUGCUAUUUUGUACUUAUUUGUUUUGUGGGGGGCAUUCUCAUCAUUUCACCUUCUUUGAAUAUAUAAGGUUGCAUCUUGCAUGGCCCUAGUGUUUUUCUACCUGCUACUCUGAGAAGGAGGAUAGAUGUCAAAUAGUCACUUGGUCAAAUGAUGAAAUAGAAUGUCUAUAAGGGGUGGAACCUUCUUCUGUUGGAUCAAUAAUUUCUGUAUAUGUUAACAAGAAUAUACCUGAUCAUUUUGGUUGAUGUGUACACACCAAAAACUGUAAAUAUUAUAAUACAUCUGUAUUCUAAAGAUAACUAAUACUAAAUUAAUGAUGUAUUAUUGAUUUAUUGGUCCAACCCCAAGUUUAGUGAAAGUAUAAUUACAGAUGUAAAUUUGUUUUUGCAUGAUGAUCAAGAAGUGUAAACAACCAGUUUAGUACUACAAGAGGUUAUAAGUUUGACUAAGUGAUUAGCUAGUGUAUAUGUUUUCCAUGUAAAUAGCAGUCUACUGACCUUUCACUAGCUACCAGUAUUUAAAAAAAAACAAAAAAACAUUGGUACACAGGUUUAGACUUGUUUCUGGGGUGGAGUUUGGUCCAAAAAACAUUUUGAAAGAUAAUAUUAAAAUAUUAGACAUCCUUCAUUUAAUGCUAAGAAAGUUUAACAUGUAUUAAAUACAUUUUCAUUUCUUAUAUUUUAAAAAGUUUUUAACCUAUUUAGAUUUUAAAGAGGAAAAUGUUCCAUUUUCAUUUUACUGCUUCAUUCUUAUUUGAAAUGAAUUGCAAUCGCAGUACAAGUAACAUCAUUUUAUAGAUCAAUGGUUGUAUUUAGUGUACUACAUUCUCUAUCCUAUGUUGAACUACUUUUGAUUUUAUUUUUCUAUCACAUUUAGCUGGAUUAUGUCUGUUGGUUUUAAUUCAUGUGCCCUCUUGCUCACAGACAAAUCAUCAAUAAAUUUUGUAUGUAUUCCAAGUU